AUGGCGACGCUUCAACUCAUCUGGCGUGAUGAUCGUACCUCUGACCAUCUCUGCGCAUGGGACCGUGGCCAAGUAAACCAGGUCGCCCGCUUGACGAAGACUAUUCAACGUAACAUCUACAUUGCGGACCUCGGACCCGUCGCCGAACCUCCUACAAGCAAGAUUGUUGCGAAGUUGGCAUAUGGCAAGGAUAAGCUCAAGCUUCUCGAGCACGAACACGCAUAUUACACGAAGCUUCUUGCUCCUCUUCAAGGGACCGUUGUUCCGUACUGCUAUGGUCUGUUCAAGGGUACCGUCAAGGGUAGGGAGAUGGGUUGCCUCUUAUUGGAGUACAUCAAACCGCACACGGAUAAGAAGGUCGACGCCGACGAGUUCCACCGCGAACUUAUGGUUGCCCUCUGCAAGAUCCACCAAGCCGGUCUGAAACACGGUAACCUCAAAUCGAGCCACAUACUCCAGAUGGGAUACUCUCCUCGCAUCGUCGACUUCUCCCUCGCCGAGGAUCACAAGUGCGAGAAAGCACACCCAGCCAAUAUCUAUGGCCAACAAGCAUACGGGGUCUAUGACUGCGACGAGCUCAGGCGACUUGAAGUCUUCCAUGGUGUCGACCCUAACGGUAUCGUCAUGCAGCACAGGAACGGCACGAGGGACAUGCAUCGCAUGACCCUCUCUGGCGAUUCACAUACUCCAGUUCGGCCACCUGGCGUGUCGUUCUACGAAGAUGACUCCCUGGCAGACAGGCGUGAUACGCACAUCCGCUCUCCAGUCAGAUACCCGGUAACACCGUAUCCUUUCGAAGAGAUUCGCCUAGCCGAGAAAGCAGACGAUCAUACUGCAUCACAAGGAGGCAUGUACGGACGUCGUCCUACCGUUCCUCCUCCGCUGAACCUGAACGAAACAACCCCAAGGCCUGCACCUGUCCCAGUAAUUCACGCGCACGCGCACUACCCUAACCCCCAGAGGGUUUAUCAGGUCGACUACACGAAGCUGCGCGGCGCAUACAUUUAUCGCUUCUAG